GUGGGAAGUAUCCUGGUCGGGGGUGGGGGUGCAGCGCACUGCUCCUGUCGCUGUCGCGGCUUCCGGUGCUAGGUAGAGGGAAGGAAGGAGGAAGCCCGGGAGCGGGGUCGGGGAGCAGCCCGCGGAGAUCGGCUGGGGGAGCCGGAGGGAGCGGAGCGAGAGGCGAGCGGAACCUGCGGGGGCGGAGGCGGCGGCCGCGGCCGCGGAGCUGGGAGCCGGAACAGGAUCAAGUCCUCCAUCCCUAGGACCAGGCUAACACCAGACUGCCACUGCCUCUUGAGCCCUCCUGUCCUCACAAGAGCAGCUGCUGUGAUCAUGGGUAAUAUCUUUGGAAACCUUCUCAAGAGCCUGAUUGGGAAGAAGGAGAUGCGCAUCCUAAUGGUGGGCCUCGAUGCUGCAGGGAAGACCACCAUCCUGUAUAAGCUGAAACUGGGGGAGAUCGUCACCACCAUCCCUACCAUUGGGUUCAAUGUGGAGACAGUGGAGUACAAGAACAUCAGCUUCACAGUUUGGGACGUGGGUGGCCAGGACAAGAUUCGACCUCUCUGGAGACACUACUUCCAGAACACCCAAGGGUUGAUAUUUGUGGUUGACAGCAAUGAUCGGGAGCGAGUCAAUGAGGCCCGGGAGGAGCUGAUGAGGAUGCUGGCAGAGGAUGAACUUCGGGAUGCUGUGCUCCUGGUUUUUGCAAACAAACAGGAUUUGCCCAACGCUAUGAACGCUGCUGAGAUCACAGACAAGCUGGGCCUGCACUCCCUGCGUCACCGCAACUGGUACAUUCAGGCCACCUGUGCCACCAGCGGGGACGGGCUGUAUGAAGGCCUGGACUGGCUGGCCAAUCAGCUCAAAAACAAGAAGUGAGAGCCAGGCCACCUCUCCGAGCACCGCCCCAUCCCUGACACACCCAUGUUUCCCUGCCCCAGCCCUCCCCCUCUCCUGUUGUCAGUGUGGCCAGGGCCUGGAUGCCGCGUCCCAUGCCCAGCAAGAGCCUUUCCUCCCGCUCCCUCUUCUUUCCUGUUCACCAACAUGACCAGUCCCCAGUUGCUGUCCUGAUGAUGAAUCAUUCCAAUUUACCAGAUUUAAAACAAAAACAAGGUUGUUAUGGUUUCGUGGGGUGCCGCCCCCAUGUUCUGGGGCUUGGGAGGCAGGGAGGGGUGUUCUCUCCGCCUGCCUCAUUUGGCUCUGGCUGCCGCGCCCUUCCCUCUCCGCGCAGGCCCUCUCCUCUGCCCCCCUCCCUUUCCCUCGGCACCUUCUCCUGUUCUCCAUGGAAGCUGCACGGGCCUCUGUGGGCGUGCAUGUGUGGCGUGUACAUACGUGUAUAGAGAGACACAUGGGGGCCAGGAGAGGAGGGGUGGCAUGCAGCUCAGGCUCGGAGCCAGGUCUUUGCCCACCUAGCCCUUCGGCUGUCCCCCCUCGCUGAUGACAGGUCAGGCAGGUGGAGGGAAGAAGGUGGCCAUAGUUUUGCACUGGUUCCUCUCCUUCCUGAGGGGCUUUCCGGGCUGGAAGGACAGGUGCGGAUUUUCCAUUGCCAUUUUGCCCGUAUCCUGCUCCCUACCCUGCUUGUGGCAGUGGGGUGGCAUUUGUCUCUUGGUGAUUGUUCCCAAGGAGAUGUCAUCUUGCCUUCUCCCAAGAGGGGAACCCACUCUUAACCGUCCGAGUGUUCAACUGCUCCUCCCCCACGUCUGUGGAGCUCUUCCUCAGCUGCUUUGGGGGGAGGUGGCUAGCAACCUCAAGACCUUGGUGAGGGCAGGGUGGGGGGCCUCAGGUUUUGGUCUUCAUCCUCUCGUUAUUCAGUGAUCACUCGUACUCCUGCCUUCCCACGCUCCCUCCCUCCCCCCAGCCUUCUGGUCACCUGACCUUUGUCAGAGUUCCCUCAGCCUGGUAGUCCCAAGCCUGGGUGGGUGGUUUAGUGGGAGUGUGGGAGUGGGGGUGACAUAACAAACCUCAGUAGCAAUCCCCCUAUUCCCCAUUUCUCUUUUUCUAGUUCAGGAUAUGCUGAAGGAUGAGUAUUUUCUAUUCGGUUUUCAGACCCUCAGACCACCCUGCCAUCUCUCUUCGCUCCUUCCCAGCAGCUUGCCCGUCCUCUUCUCCACGUCCCGUGAAUGGAGCUGAGGCUUAGCGUGAAGGAAACAACUCGGAAGUGGUUAUUGGUGCUGCUUGAUGCAGUGGUCUCUGGGGCCUCCGUUAGUGUGUGGUUUAGAAACUGCUGCUACUGUGUCUCUCUGCCUGCAGGGGGCGCUGCCCCUGGGGUCCUGGCCUGGGUCCUGACCGCAGUUUCUGUGAAGCCCGGCUUUUCUGUGGGCUCCUGUGUGUGCUGGCUGCGCCUGAGCUCCAAGACAGCCGCUUAGAACCUUUCUGCUGAGGUCAGGAGCCAGGACCCCCACAGCAUGGCUGAGAGCCCCCUUCCCCGAAGGGCUGCCCCAAACCCCACCCCAAGGGACCAGGCUUCCUGCCACCAUUUCAACAACAGGCAGAACAAUAAAUCCCCCACCCCACCCCAGAAUGAACUGUGAAAGGGGUUCCAAGGGUGUCCUCAGUGCCAGUUCCUCAGUGCUGUGUUACUUACCCAAGGUGCAGCAGGCGUGUGCAGGGCGCUGCUCUCUAGGCCUUCGUGUGUAUGUGUGUGUGUGUGGUGACUGGGCCGGGGGGCGGGGGUGGGUUGCUGGAGCUUCUGUUUCAUUUUAUGGUGUGUUCAUUCACUCCCUGACCCCACAGAUGCUUCCUUCCCCAUUUUUCCUUGUCUCUGUCUCAACGACUUUUUUUGUUCCGGCUCCUGUUGCCUCUCCUCCCCAACUCUCCCUCGCCUCUGGACUCCUCCAGUGCCCUGUCGCUCCUUACCUUGUUUGCUCCUAUGCGGGGCUCCCUGCUCUCUGCGGGUGGGGAUGGUUUUGCCUCUUCUCCUGCCUUAGCCCCUCUCUGGCUCUCUGUAGUUAGAUGCCAGUCUGCAUUCCAGGCCCACCCCACCUGGUUCUGGGGGCCUUGGGGCAGAGGAAGUGGGGUGCUGCGGCAGAGCUUGCCUCUGCUGCUUGAAGUUGCCCAGCAGGGCAGCGAGCGGCCUGGGCACCCGUCUCCUGGCGGGUGGGCCUUUCCACACUCCCACUCCUCUGAAAGCUCUUGGGACUGGGUGUCCAUUCCAUUCUGUCCACCCCUGCCCUGACUCUCCUCUGGUAAGUUUAACUUUAUGCUUUCUUUUGUUCCAGACUUUCUUCUCCCUGGGGACUUCCCCUCUCUCCCGCCCCCCCCCCCCCGAGUUUAUUUGUGGUGAUGUAGUGGUAACUGCAGUUCUGAACUGGUUUUUCUCUUCUUUUUUCUCCUCUGGAAUGUAGACUGUAUAUGUUUAAUAACCCACCUUCUCUCUCCUUGCUCAAAAUGUGGGAUACGCAAUGACUGUGACCCUGGUUGGAAAUUAAACUUGUUUUAUCAGCUCUG